AUGCGCACAGCCGGAGGACUGGGCAGGCCGUGCCUCCCAGAGGGCUUGCAGAGGAAAGGAGAGCUCGUGGCGCCCCGGAACCCGCGCACGCGCCGUAGCCUCGCCCCGCCCGGGCGCGCGCGCGCGGCCGGCGCAGCAUCUUCUCUUCAGACCCGCCCCCCUCUUGUACUUCAACUAGAGGAGAGAGGCGAGAGCAGGGAAGUGUGGGGCGAGGUGGGCGGGGCGUCGCACGCGAACGCGGCCAGCAAAAGGAAGGCUGAGGGAGAGAUCCAAGACCACGUUACCGCGUAA